CUAUUUCAGAGACUAAAUGCAUGAUUUUCCUUAUACAUACAUAUAUAGGUUUUGGAUAAAAUAAAAACCACUUUUAACGUGAAAACAGCAAAGUGCUCACUUUUUCCCCAAUGUGAUGAUCUUUAAAGGUGAUUUGUUGCACUUUUUAGACUUUGGUCAAGACAUGUCAAAUAAAAAAAAAUGUGGUGGCAUUUCCGUAAAUAAGUCAGGUUCAAGUCAGGAACUCUUGACCGGAAUCGCCGUGUGAAAUUCAUUAUUUAGGGUGGUUUCCGGUGGAAUUUUUUGAUGAUAUGUGUUGAUCAUGUUCAUCAUUAAGUCUAGUUUAUGCAUCAAAUUUCAGAUCAAAAUUCAAUUAGGAGGCAGUUGAUUUUUUUUUGUACUCUAGGUGGUCUGGGAGAGGGGUUCUGGAGUAAUCAGGGUUAAGUUGAAACUCAUUCCAUUGAGCUUCGAACCCGAGACAUCCCAUAAGGGAGAGUGAGUCGGCGACCAGCUGGACUGGACCGCUUCCUCGGGAGACAAUUAACUAAUUUAUUGAAACAUACUGCACAUCCUGUACAUAUAUAAAACACAAUAUAUUUCAAGAAUUUAUUUAGUUGUCUUCCCGAUUGAAUUUUGAACUAAAAUUUGGUAUGCAUAAACUAGACUUGAUGAAGAACAUGCUCAAAAAAUCGCAUCAAAAGUAAAUGUCAACAUUUUAUUGGGGAUCCUCAAACAACAAACUUAAACAACAUUGGAUUAAGUGGUCAGAUUUGUGCCUUCCUACAAAAGAGGGAGGUCUGGAUAUUAGUUAGGGCAGGUGGAAAAAGCUUUUACUUUGAAGCUUUGAUGGAAAUGGAAGAAAAGAGUUGAUCAGCAUGGUAAAUUGAUAUGGGCUGCUGAGGAGGAUGGUAUGUUUUCUUUUCAAUCUGCCUUCCAACUGGUAAGAGCACAAAAGUUUUCCACCUUCUCAUUUAAGCAUUGUUGGCACCCCAAACAAGUAUAAUAAAGCUUUAUAGUGAAAAAUUCUUAAUAAUAUUCUUCCUACUAUAGAUAAUCUAAAAAGGUUUCAAAUGGUGUUAAAUCCUUCUAUCUGCCCCAUGUGUAGAGCUCAUGCCGAUUCUAUGAACCAUUUUCUUUUUCAAUGUAAGGUGGCUCAACGAGUAUGGGUGUAUUUCAUAAAUAUUUGUGGGAUCCCUAAUACUGGCUUUGACAAUACUAUGAGACAAUCCCUUAUAUCUUGGUGGCUCAAAGCAGGGAGUAACAAGGUUUUAGAUCUGUUCGAACAUAAUUUACCCGGAACCAUAGAUUGGCAUCUAUGGAAAUCUUAUUCAGGUUUGAUUUGGGGAUCGGACAAGGUGGUACCUACCCCACCACCAUCGUCAUCAUCAUCAUUAAUGCUCCUAACCUCCUAGAAAAACAGCUAUGUCACUAGAACCAUCCGUAAUAAUCUCAUUAAUGAGUAUGCUUUAAUUUGUGGUUGAGAUUUUGUAAUGGUUUUUUGG